AGAUCGCAGGCUGACAUCCCGGCUGGUGAAUAAUUAAGCUGCCGCCUCCUCCUGGCCGGCCCUCCAUUUCUAGGUCCCAGUCUGUAGCCUCCACCACCACCGCUGAGCAGUGGGCACCGGACAGACAGACGGUACCGACCCGGUGCUCCCAGCCCUGCGCACCAGCCUGCUGCUCAGCCCCGGCGCAGCCGCUCCAUGGCCCCCGAGAUGGACCAGUUCUACAGGUCCACCAUGGCCAUCUACAAGAGCAUCCUGGAGCAGUUUAACCCCGCCCUGGAGAACCUGGUGUACCUGGGGAACAACUACCUGCGGGCCUUCCACGCCCUGUCCGAGGCGGCCGAGGUGUACUUCAGUGCCAUUCAGAAGAUCGGGGAGCAGGCCCUGCAGAGCUCCACCUCGCAGAUCCUGGGUGAGAUCUUGGUGCAGAUGUCAGACACCCAGCGCCACUUGAACUCUGACCUGGAGGUGGUGGUGCAGACGUUCCACGGAGACCUGCUGCAGCACAUGGAGAAGAACACCAAGCUGGACAUGCAGUUCAUCAAAGACAGCCGCCAGCACUACGAGAUCGAGUACCGCCACCGAGCUGCCAACCUGGAGAAGUGCAUGUCCGAGCUGUGGCGCAUGGAGCGCAAGAGGGACAAGAAUGUGCGGGAGAUGAAGGAGAGUGUGAACCGGCUGCACGCACAGAUGCAGACCUUCGUGUCUGAGAGCCAGCGGGCCGCUGAGCUGGAGGAGAAGCGGCGCUACCGGUUCCUGGCCGAGAAGCACCUGCUGCUUUCCAAUACGUUUCUGCAGUUUUUCGGUCGGGCCCGGGGGACGCUCCAGAACCGCGUGCUGCUGUGGAAGGAGCAGUCGGAGGCCAGCCGCCAGGCGCCUCUGGGGAGGAGGACUGUGCCUGCCUCUCUGGGCCCUCACGGUGGGUGCUCAGGGACCCUCUGCUUCCCCAGCAGGAGCGGCUGGUUCCCCGAGGCCUAUGUGAAGCCACUGGAGGAGGUGCCCGUGAACCCCAUGAAUGCCUUGAACCCCGUGACCUCCAUGAACCCCAUGAACGCCUUGAACCCCAUGACCUCCAUGAGCCCCAUGAACCCCUUGAACCCAGUGACCUCCAUGAACCCCAUGAGCCCUAUGAAUGAGCUACCUUCCAGGUCCUACCCGCUCCGGGGCAGCCACAGCCUAGACGACCUCCUGGACCGGCCGGGCAACGCCACAGCACCCUCAGAGUACUGGGACGGCCAGCCCCGCUCGCGAACUCGGGUCCCGAGCCGUGCCCCCAGCCCCGCACCUACACCGUUGCCUGGCAGCCGCCGAGGCAGCAUGGGCAGCACGGGGGUGGCCAGUGACAUCAAGAAACUCAUGUCCUGGGAGCAGCAGCCACCAGAGCUCUUCCCUCGGGGCACUAACCCCUUUGCCACCGUAAAGCUGCGGCCCACUGUCACCAAUGACCGCUCGGCGCCCCUCAUCCGCUGAGGGCCUUCCUCCAUCAGGGGUCUGAGGUCGCCCCGCCACCUGCCCAGGAGCUGCCCAGAGCUGGCGGCAGCAGCAGCAGCAGCCGUGGAUCCGAGACGCCGGGGCCCUGAUCCUGGUGGGGGGCGCCCUUCCCCUGACCAAGCCCCCAGCCUGAGCAGCUCCGAGGGCCCUGGCAUGGGGUCUGGGACCUUGAAAAUAAAGCAGGCGGAAUGGGGACAGCACCACUUCUUCUCCUCCAGGGGCCCCAGGACUCUCCCUGGGGGCCUACCUCACGCCCCCCUCCUCUUUCCCCUUCUCCACCCCAGUGGAGAGGAGCCCCUUACACACCCUCCCCCGCCCGCCCGUACUUGUCCCCUUUUAACUUUUGUAAACAAUGAGAAAUAAAGCAAGUGGACAGGCA